AGAAGAUCACUACAAUCAAAGACUACUUUAUUUAAUACCAGUGACUGAGUGGGGAUCGAACUCCGAACUUUUGAAUUUAUGAAGCGAGUUCUCUACCACCGCAUCACUACCGCAUUAACGCAAUUAUAUUAACAACGUUAAACAAGUUUCCUAAUAAUAUUAGUAAACUUAUUUUUUUAUCAAUUUAAUAUUUUAUUAUUUGUAUUUCAUCGCUAAUUUUAUCAACAUAAGAAGAAGAAGAAAUGCCCAAUAUAAACUCUUUGGUUAUUGAUGAGUAUUUAACAGAUGAGCAAGCAGUUUCUAUAAAUUUGAAAAAUCAUAAUGCUUCUGCAAAAUCAUCAGAAGCACACAAAGUCAAUCAUAUAAGCAAUGUAAUUAACUUAUUAGAACAAGACUUGACCGUACCUUAUAUUGCUAGAUACCGAAAACAUGAAACUGGAUGUAUGGAGGCAGAAAACAUAAGAAGAGUUCAAGAAAUUUAUGAGAAAUACAAAAAUCUUGAAAUUGAAGCUGAAAAAGUGAUUAAAAAAAUCAAAAAUGAAGCAACUGAAGAUAUAAUUUUAAGUAUAAAAGCUGCAAAAUCUAUAGAAGAAAUUAAAGAAUUGUAUGCUCCCUUUAAAAAGAAACGAAAAGGUACUCUAGCUGAAAGAGCACAGAGUUUAGGUUUGAAUACUGCUGCAGUAGAAAUUUUCAGAAAUCCUGAAAAAACAAUCUGUUUUAAGAACUAUCUAGAUUAUUCAAAUGAGUUGACAUCAGAAACACAAGUAAAGACUGGAGUUAUGCACAUUCUUGCUCACCAGAUCUCAGUAAAUGUUAUAGUAAAGACGAUACUAGACAGAGAAAUAGGGUAUUCUAGCAUUUCCAUUACCACAAAGGCAUCAACAAAAGGUAUAGAAAAUGACAAAAAAAAACUUUAUGAAAACUACUACAAGUUCAGCAGCUUGCUCUCACAGAUUUAUUCUCAUCAAGUUUUGGCAAUUAAUCGUGCAGAACAUCAAAAAGUGCUUUCUGUGAAGCUUGAUAUCAAAGAAGAUAGAAGACGGGCUGUAAUUAAUCAAUUAAUUCAAUUAAAUAUUCCAAAUAAGUGCUCAGAUAGCUAUCGUCAUUUUAUGAUUGAAGUUGUAAACGAUGCAUUUGCUAGAUUGAUUGAAAAAUCAUUUCUUCUUCGCAUCAGGAAAAAGUUGAACAAAUCAGCAGAAAAAGAAGCAUUGGAUGUGUUUGUUAAAAACCUUAAACAUCUUUAUCUUGCUGCACCAGUUAAAAAUAGAGUUAUACUCAGUAUUGAUCCUGGUUUUAAAAAUGGCUGUAAAAUUGCACUUCUUGAUAAAAAUGGUUUUGUUCUUGAAACUUGUGUUAUUUUUCCAUUCAAAAAUAAACUGGAUUCUUUUCAAAUACUAGCAGGUUUAAUAAAAAAAUACCAAGUUGAAAUUGUGGCUUUGGGCAAUGGGACAGCUUGUCGGGAAACAGAGCAAUUUAUUAGUCAGCUGAUUAAAGAAGAAAAAUUAGACAACUUGCGAUACUGUAUUGUUUGUGAAAGUGGUGCUUCAGUGUACAGUGUCACAGAAGAAGCUAAACUGGAGUUUGGAAACAUGGAUCCUAAUUUAAUAAGUGCUGUGUCAAUUGGUCGUCGACUGCAAGAUCCUUUGUUAGAACUUGUUAAAAUUGAUGCUAAACAUGCGGGUGUGGGAAUGUAUCAGCAUGAUUUGAACAGUGGGGUUCUUCAGAAAGCUGUGGAUGCAGUUAUUGAAGAUUGUGUCAGUUUCAUAGGCGUUGAUAUAAAUGCAUGUUCAGCUCAAAUAUUGAGAUGUGUAACCGGCAUUAAUAAAAAGCAUGCUGAUGCAAUUAUUGAGUAUAGAAACAAACAUGGUGGGUUUGUUAAUCGGGAAGAACUGAAAUCUGUCAAAGGGAUAGGUCCUGUUACAUUUCGUAAUUGUGCAGGAUUUAUCAGAGUAAACGUAGCAAAUAACAGUAAAAUGAAUACUACUACAACAGAAGAUGUUGAAACUAAUAGUUCUUUAAUUACACGUAAAAGAAAACUAAAGAAAGGUGAAUUUAGCAGUAAAAAAAGCAAAUACACUGUUGAACCUCUAGAUAAGACAUGGAUUCACCCAGAACAGUAUCCUUUGGCAUACAAAUUGCUCAGCCACUUAGGGGUUUCACCUUCACUUAUUGGGUCAAAAGAUAUGAAAAAUACUUUAGGCACACUCGUUAACACUGAUGAACAAUUCAAUCGGUUGCUUGAUUAUUUGAAAACAGAUAAAGAAGUUUUGAAAUUGAUAUUAGAUGGAUUAAGUCAACCUUUUGAUUUUGAUCCAAGAGAAGGUUUUGAAACGCCGUUAUUUAAAACUGGAUUAACAUCUAUGACGAUGUUAACGAUAGGCUGUAUGGUUUCAGGCGCUGUUAGGAACUGCACAUCAUUUGGAGUAUUUGUCGAUAUAGGAGUUGAAACUGAUGCUUUAAUUCCAAAUCGUUAUAUGUUGCCAAAUGUUUUAGUUGGUCCUGGUGAUCGAGUUGAAUGCAAAGUUUUAGGUAUCGAUACCGACAGAAAAAGAGUUUCUCUUACUUUGAUUAAAAAACUUUCUCUGGAAUUACGUUUGCAAUAAAAUAAAUGCUAUGAUUUUGA